AAGCUUGACCCUUUUGCUACGAUGAGUCUGUAUUCUAUAGAGUACCGCAGAGUCCUUGCAGGGCUGUACUGCGCAUCUUGCGGAGCUUACUGUGUUGAUAUGAUCUUUCGAGAGAUUGAAACAAGUGAAGUGCUCUGCAAGUCCUGCUUCCUACCCAAGCCUUCAAAAGCACGAGAUGCUUUAUUUUCGAAUUGGAUGAAGGACUUUAGUAGAAGAAAGGCCUAUGAUCGAAAACGAGCUUGCAAUUCUGCAUAUGCCAAAGCUGAGAGCUGUCAGGCGCAAGAGCACUGAACAGCUGCAGAUUAUAGAUAUCCCGAGAGGACAAGGGGACUUCAUUUGAGCCAUCUACUUGAGAACAUGCUCAUGUACAUAGUUACACAACCUCCACCCGG